GCGACAUAACUGCCGGAGUACUGUCAGUGGUGGACGCGCAGAGCUGUCUGUCUGACAUUUUGUAUUAAAGUCGUCUUUUUGUGGCUAAAUCACCUCCUCGCAAACAUGGCAAAGCUCUCAGAGGGUGCCAUAGUGGCUCUAUCAAAUGGCACCGGUGGCAAUGACGCAGUGCUGCAGUGUGUGAACAUUCGGAAGAUUGAUGGAGGAAAUGGUCCAGCUCGCUUUCGGGUGAUGAUGAGCGAUGGAGUACACACUCUGUCCUCCUUCAUGCUCUCAACGCAGCUGAACUACAUGGCUGAAGAAAACCGACUGGCCCCGAACUGCAUCUGCAUUCUGAAGAAACAUGUGACAAACAUACUGAAGGAUAAACGACGAGUGGUAAUCAUUUUGGAAAUAGAAGUCGUUAAGCCUGCUGAAGAAGUUGCUGGAAGAAUAGGUGACCCUACUCCUUACACUGAUGGUCAAGUCAAAGCCCCACAGUCUGCACCAGUCCCUGAGAUCCGCCCUCCACUACAGCAGCAAAAUACAAAUGAAGUGAAAAAGGGUUUCAGUAGAGACUUUGGGAAAAAAAACCCAUCUGCUAUGCCCAGCACUCCAGGGGGCAGCUCCAAAAUUGUGCCGAUCGCCAGCCUCAACCCCUACCAGUCAAAGUGGACUGUCCGCGCCCGUGUAACCAAUAAGAGUGGCAUCCGUACAUGGAGCAACUCUCGUGGUGAUGGCAAACUCUUCUCCAUGGAGCUUGUGGAUGAGAGUGGAGAGAUACGAGUGACUGGUUUCAAUCAAGAGGUGGACAAGUUCUUCAGCCUUAUUGAUGUUGGCAAGGUCUACUACGUCUCCAAGGGCUCCCUGAAGAUCGCCAACAAGCAGUAUACAUCAGUGAAGAAUGACUAUGAGAUGACUCUCAAUGGAGAGUCAAGCAUCAUCCCCUGUGAAGACAGCUGCGAAGUUCCCAUGGUGCAGUGUGAUUUUGUGUCUAUCGGUGACCUGGAGAACAGAGACAAAGAUGCCAUCGUUGAUGUGAUUGGAGUGUGUAAGAGUGUGGAAGAAGUGACCCGCCUCACUACCAAGUCCAACAAAGAAGUGUCCAAGAGGACCAUCAGCCUGAUGGACAUGUCUGGGAAGAUGGUGACUGUGACACUGUGGGGAGAGGAAGCGGAAAAGUUUGAAGGCUCUGGACAACCCAUUUUAGCCAUUAAAGGGGCGAAGCUUUCAGACUACGGAGGCCGGUCCCUCUCUGCAUCUUUCAGCAGCACCCUGAUGAUCAACCCAGACAUCCCUGAGGCAUAUAAGCUCAGAGGCUGGUAUGACAAGGAGGGCCACGCCAUGGAUGGACAGUCCCUGACAGAGGUGAAAGGCAGCGGGGGAGGACUCAUCAACUGGAAGACUCUGUCUGACGUUAAGACGGAGCACCUGGGACACGGAGACAAGGCAGACUACUACACCUGCACAGCUACCAUAGUGUACCUGCGCAAGGAAAACUGCCUUUACCAGGCCUGUCCCAGCCAAGACUGCAACAAAAAAGUGGUCGACCAACAGAAUGGCAUGUUCCGCUGCGAAAAGUGUGACAAAGAGUUCCCCAACUUCAAGUACCGCCUCAUUCUUUCUGCCAACAUUGCAGAUUACGCAGACAACCAGUGGGUGACUUGCUUCCAGGAGAGUGCAGAGGCCAUCCUGGGCCAGAACGCAGCUUACCUGGGGCAGCUCAAGGACUCGAACGAAGCCGCCUUCGACGAGGUCUUCCAACAAGCCAACUUCAACACUUUUGUCUUUCACAGCAGAGUGAAGCUAGAAACAUAUAACGAUGAAUCCAGGAUCAAGGCCACAGUGAUGGCAGUGAAGCCUGUUGACCAUAAGGACUACAGCAAGAGGUUGAUCAUGAACAUAAGAAAACUGGCUGCUGUGUAGGAACUUAACAUCUAUGCCAAGUAUCUGGAUUUUGCUUUCUUCAGCGAGUUUUCCUUUGUUUCUGUACAGUCAACAAACAGCUCUAAAUGUAUGACAAAGUUUAGCUUACAAAGCUUUUGUGUUUGUGUUUGUUUUUUACUUUCCUGUGAAUAAUAAUAUCCCUGUAAAUGAGUUACCCUCGGACUCUUGUACUUGUAACUGUUCACCUUUCCUUGUGAAAUUAUGUUGGAGGUCUGAGUCUUUUUUGUUGGUGAACAUAGCGGACACAGAUUUUUUUUCUUCUCUUUUGAUGUUAUUUGGGGGAAGCAGAGCAGAGAGUGGGUCAGUAAGCCACUAAAGAAAUCAUCACUGUUUCUGUCUUAAGUCAGCCAGUUGUUCCUGUACUGCGGUCAUAUGGGGGUGGUGGCUGCUUUAAGCAGAAGCCCAGUACAGUAGCUAGCACUCUUUUCACUUUCUGACAUGCACUCAAAACGGCUGGGCUGGACCUGCACAUCCCUGAUAAGACCGUUUACUCUCCCACUCUCUUUUUUUGCUUCGUUCCUCACAUACCUGCAAACAUAAGCACAUAUACACAUGCACAGUGCAGACCUAAUGGGAAAUGUACUGCAGUCUGUUUAAGUAGAUAAAAGGUGUUUUCAUUGCCUGGAACUGUUUCAUGCGUUCUGUAAUUCAGUUUUUCUGUGAUAAUUGUAAGAAUAAAGAUGUUUGUGAUCACA